AUGACAAUGGGAGCUCCAGCGUGGGGUUCUCGCGGUGGUGGCGGCGACCGUCCCCGGCUGCUGCGCAUGACACCGCUGCGACAUAGCUUCGCAGCGCCCGCGUCGCCGCCCGCGCCUCCCCCGCGUGCUCACGACUACGCCUCCGACGCCGACACCAACAAGAAAGAAGAGGGAUGGAACGCUAAUCUGUCUCAAAGAUGGCGGAAACUACGUCGACGAUGUUCACGAUUGCGACCGGGAUCUGGCAACCGUGAGCCGAGCCCAGUGCGCUGCUCACCGUCACCACCGAGGCCUCCAACACACUGCUCCCCUGCACCACCUUCAAAACUGUCAUUCCGACAUCGAGGAAAAGUGUACACAACUGCGUCCCUUCGUGUGACUAGCGGUGCCCCAGAUUUACUUCGUGCGUUGGGAAAACUUGGCGGUGGACUCCGGCGACGAGCACUGUCUGCUCAUGACGUAUUAGCUCCACCCCAGCAACAACCAUCUACUUUCUAUGUUCCUAGUCCUACUGCAACAAGGCAUCCGCCGUCACCCUCCCCGACUCGCCAGUCAGCAUCAGUUCGAAGACGGUGUAGUUCACCAAACGUUUACAGAGCAGCCAAAGAUUCUGCAACAUCUAGAGACCGCGCGCCUCUUAUUAGUCAAGAAGACGAAAGUCGAGAUGUAGUUGAUUAUAAUUAUGUGCCUGAAAGGAGGAAAAACAGUUCAGAGGGACGAAGUCGUCGACCCUACAGUGAAAAUGUAGAAUUAGAUGUCCCUUAUAGAAAUGGAUACAAUCGGCUACCCUGUGAUGCUUCUCAGAGGUUAUGGGAAGAACCUUAUAGAUUGCCGCGGGUUCAGUCCAGGCAGGACUCGAUGACCCAGUUGAGGAAUGGUGUUGCUGAGUUACGUGUUAGUGCGACUCCAAGAUCAGCACGCCCGCCUCCCGCACCACCUGCCGCUACUCAGCCAGGGAAGCGACCACCUGCUCCUGAACCUCGAGAUACACACACUUUUGAGGUGCGGUUCACAAAGUCAGCUGGCGGGAAAGGUCUCGGGUUUAGCAUCGUAGGUGGCCGGGACUCACCGCGUGGUGACAUGGGCAUUUUUGUGAAAACUAUUUUCAAUAAUGGCCAAGCUGCUGAAUCUGUACUAAGAGAAGGUGAUGAAAUCCUGUCAGUAAACGGACGCUGCACGGCAGGGUUGACACAUGGAGAGGCGAUUCGUCUAUUCAAGGAUGUCCGUGCAGGACCCGUGCUGCUGCGGGUGACGCGUCGUCCUCCUCGCUGA